UAUAGGGAUUUUGGUUUCUUAAUCAUAUUUUUUUAUUAGCGAUAAAGAUUAUUUUCCAUUUGAACGAUUCAGGUUAAUAAAGUGCUCAAGCCAAUACGAGCUGAGUGUUACCACUUCCACCUACAUAGCUUGUUGUUACUCUUCAAUGAACAUAACAUUGGCACACCGACCUGUAGUCGUUUCAUGGAAAAUUGAUUUUGCAUCUAAUAUAUUCAUUAGCAUUCAGUGUAAAUCAUUAAAGAUAGGAUUUAUUUAAGUUAAUCCCGCGAAAUUACGAGUCGCCGAAACAUAAGUCGGUUUCAGUGUGAUGAAUAUCAUGUUGCGAUAAAUUAAACAGUGCAGUGGUUAUAGUGUCGAAAGUGUAUAAAAAAAUAGCAAUCAUUUAAAAAGUGGAUUGGUGUUGUGUGAAAUGGCUAUGCAGUGUGAUAAAAGCUUGUCUUGGUGAAAUGGACUUCAGCAUAGUGAGGCCCCGUUUAGCUGUGGGCAUCUGGACUCUGGCGUGUCGGAUAUAGACACACAGAUCCACUGAUAUUAUGAAUAAGCGUGAAGGCAAUAAGGACAAGGAACGUCAGAGUGACGAAAAAAGAACUUCCACCGCUACCGGCGCGGUGGGCGGUCGCGGCGGCGGCGGAAGCAGCGCAAUGCACACGUCACGCCAUUCUGUCACCUCAUCCUCGGGCGUCCUUAUGGUCGGCCCUAACUUCCGGGUCGGGAAAAAGAUUGGAUGCGGCAACUUUGGUGAACUUAGGCUCGGGAAAAAUCUCUACAACAAUGAACAUGUAGCGAUUAAGAUGGAGCCUAUGAAGUCCAAGGCUCCGCAAUUACACCUAGAGUACCGAUUUUACAAAUUACUAGGAACUCAUGCCCCUUCGACAGCAGAAGGCAUCCCGGAGGUUUAUUACUUCGGGCCCUGCGGUAAAUACAAUGCCCUGGUGAUGGAACUGCUAGGCCCCUCGUUGGAGGAUCUCUUUGACUUGUGUGGCCGGCGUUUCUCUCUAAAGACUGUACUGAUGAUUGCUAUGCAGCUGUUACAUCGUAUCGAAUAUGUCCACACGAGACAUCUAAUAUACCGAGACGUGAAGCCAGAAAAUUUUUUAAUAGGUAGAACUGCAACUAAACGGGAAAAAAUCAUUCACAUCAUCGAUUUCGGUUUGGCCAAAGAAUACAUAGACUUAGAGACAAACAAACAUAUACCGUACCGGGAGCACAAGUCACUCACGGGGACAGCGAGAUACAUGUCAAUAAAUACACAUUUAGGAAAAGAACAAUCGAGACGCGACGACCUGGAAGCUCUGGGGCACAUGUUUAUGUAUUUUUUACGUGGUUCCUUACCCUGGCAGGGUUUAAAGGCUGAUACACUCAAAGAAAGAUACCAAAAAAUCGGCGAUACGAAACGGGCGACACCUAUCGAGGUGUUAUGCGAAGGUCACCCUGAAGAAAUGGCGACCUAUCUCCGCUAUGUACGACGGCUGGAUUUCUUCGAGACCCCCGAUUAUGACCAACUCAGACGCAUGUUCCGCGAACUGUUCGAGCGGCGAGGCUACGUGGACGACGGCGAGUUCGACUGGACUGGAAAGACUAUGUCAACUCCUGUGGGGUCGAUUCAAACCGGACACGAGAUUGUUGUAUCACCGAAUCGUGGACAUCAAACCUUUCACAAGGAUGAUUUGUGUGAUUAUAUGAUUGGUAUGCUUGAGGACGAUGAGGCGGCCCUUAUAUCCGGAGAGGGGGCUGUAAAAGAUUCUGGUACAGGUGGUACCGCGAACACUGGUGGAAAUUGGCCCCACAGUGGAAAAGCCACGCCCCUUACUGCCGGUCACUUGACACCUGCCGACAGACACGGAUCCGUACAGCAUUUGAAGAAUAAACAUUUUCGGUAUGUCAAAUUUCCUGGACCUGACACCACGGUUGUUAGUUCAACGAACGGCGAGUUAGGUGCGGAUGACCCCACAGCCGGACAUAGCAACACCCCAAUCACACAACCGCACCAUGAAGUGGAUGUUGUCGAUGACACCAAGUCAGUGUUGCAACUACAAUCCGUGUAUUCCAGAUGCUGUUGCUUCUUCAAGCGUAAAAAGAAGAAGUGUGCGACGCGCACGUACAAGUGACGCGUGUGCCCCACGUGACCGCACAGACAUACAUUACAGACAUUUUACACAGUCAUUUACGAACACAUUGCAUACACGCGUUAUUACAUACCUCGAUCGAGUACGCGAUCGGGAAUUGAGGAAAAAUAUUAAAUUACGAUAAAUAUCACCAUUUAAAUAUUUUCUUUGGACGUUAAUAAAACUGAUUUAAUGUAUAUUAAUAAUAAUAUAAAGUACAUAUUAUUCUAAAACGUAUUAUUUGUUCAAAUUCUAUAGAUGGUUUUGACAGUUCGUGAAACUAGUUUGAGUCAGUUCUGAGAUCGCGUACUUAAUCCGCUGUAUAUUUCUCUUCAUUAUACAAAUUAUUACAAAUAAUGUAAUAUAAAAUCCAUUUUAUUCGUAUAUUACAUUUUUCAUGUAUAUAGAAUAUGUAUAAAUAAUUAAGACAGACGUCUUAAUGUAAAAAAGUUGCAAAAUAAACCCCAAAAAAUCAAUUUAAAUUUCUAACAAAAAAGUUUUUUUCCGAUUUAUUAUGAAAAUUAUUUAAUAUUAGUUCAAUGGUUGUUAUUACGUAUAAAAAAGGCAGCUAUAUCAGUUAUAUGAGAAAGCAAUAUUAUUGCAUUAUUUUCUUAAUCUUUCAAAUUACUGAACUAUUUUUCCGAUCGGGGUGCAUAAAUCGUCACAUAAAUAUUUUAUUGAUCUAUAGAUUUUAUAUUAUGACGUCACAUCCGGUCAGCAUACCACAGAUACCCUUCAUAAAUUCACAAAAAUGUGUGUUCUGGUGCGGUUUUUAAUGUUUGUGUUCCCGUCCGUAGCUAUUUUCAUUUCAUCGAAAACUUACGAGAUCGCUUUGUCCGAAUAAGACCAUUCCAACUCGAACAAAAACUAUAGCAUUAUAGUAGACAAUAGAUGUCGCUUUUCACCGUUUAGACGCAAAAUUUUCUUAUCGCAAAUGCAAUGUUUAUUUUUUGUUACAUAAGUAAUGAAUUACCAUAAUAUAAGAUGUCGAUCUAUAAGUUUGUGUGUUAAACUCGUGUCUAUUUUGGCGGCGCGUGUGUUAAACAUUAAACGUUUAUCACAUUGUAAUUUAUUUUCAUUUAUUCCUAAAUGCAUCAUUAAAAACGUCUUCAUAAAAUAACACUGUCUCUUUCGAACUAACGCUAAUUAAUACGUGAGAACGAGAUGGCGAUACUUUGUGUUAAGCACACGCGCCGUAAUAUGCAUAUUGUAGUUGUAAUUUUAUUUAGUCAUCAUAUAAGUUCAAUUCGUGCGAGUUCACUCGGCUCCGUUCAUAGCGCUGCCACUUCCUAUCUUUAUUUAUGCCUAUAUAAUUAGUUUAAGAAUGUAAACAGGCAAUUUCAUGCAAUAAUUAUGUAACGGAAUAUUCAAGUAUGAUUGUGUACGACUAAUUUGGUCUAAUUAUGGAUACGACCAUUACUCAAGGUGAAUGUUUAUAUAGCGUGCAAUAAUUUAUGUAUAAAUUCAUUACAAUAGUUUAAAAUAAUACAUUUGUUUCAAUCGGUGAACCCUGAACUCCUUAAGACUGGUUGAAACAUGUCAUAGCGUAUGUUCCGAAAUAAAAUCUACAGACUGUAACGAAUGACUUGAUGCAUAACAAGUGACGUUGGGUUUCAUUUCGGACGAGCCUUAGUAGAGACCCGCGGUUCAUGUCAAUUGAUAUCAGUUUUUAGGCCUUAAACGAUAUAUCAUUAACAGUAGAGUAAAAUUUUCUGUCGAUUCGAUUGCAACCUCGGUCUGAGUCGAAAGUUCCAAAAAUUAUACUAAAUGUUUUAAUAUCGUUAAGAAUUGACCGUCGUUGCAAUGAGGUGACUGAAUUACAUCGUUUCAGUUAAGUAUUAGAUUAAUGAGUCGUUAGACUGAAAAUCGCCGAUGCGAUAGCGUUGCUAUGGCGACGUGCACGUAUACGUACACGUGCUCGUAAUCGGCGUGCGGCGUGUAUAAAUUGUACAGCUUAGGAACGUUUGUAUAUUUUUGCUUGGACAGAAACGGCAACGAAUAGAGGUUUUGGCCUUUUUGAUUGAUUAGUAUAAUCUUGGUACGUGCAAGCUUUAGAACUCUUGCAGGACUUAUUAACAUGUAUAUGAUACAUCUUAGUGUAUCGGUGCGUUGUUUGUUGCGAGGUUAACUGCUGCUGUGGCGUUAAUUCCAAGUAUUUUUUUGAGUAUAGUCAUCACAAAUCCUAACUCCCGUAGGAAUUUAAUUUCGGCUAAGUAAUGUUAAAAAUGUUUUUGAAGGACGCUCUGUCUUCAUAUUUUUAGAAAAAUAUAGGUAAUACGUUGUACGCUGUAUGAUAAAUUUUAAUGAUGCGUAUAAGUUUUUCUAUGAAUUGUAACAAAGUAUUCUCUCGUUGAUAGAUCAUAAUCAUUGUACAAUCAUAAAAGUGAUAGGUUACAAUAUAAUGAAUCAUUAUCUUAUUAUACCAUAGUCGUACCUAAUUGUUACUUUCUAUUGCUAGAUAGAAUAAUCAAAUUAGAUUGGGUAUAACGUGUGAUCUCUUAACACAAGUUUAAAUUCGACGUGUGUUAAUAAUUUUAAAGUAUAUUGUUGUGUAAAGUGACGAAUCGCAAAGUUUGUGAUCUGAUAGUGGUUCUAGUGAUACGGACCUUCUCAACAAUUGCUAACGAUCAGUGUUUUGUUCGCUUCUCGAGACAAAGUCAUACCAAACUGACCACGGAAGACACGUAAACGUCAUCGAAUUCGCAUUGCUGUUGCAUGCCUUUGUCUCGGGUCAAUUAGUUUGAAUUACAAUAUUUACGAUAUGUACAUAGUUUGGCCGUCUGGUGCCGAAUGAUUGAGAAAACGAUAAAACCGGACAUUGUAAUUGAAACUGAUAUACAAGAUGAUUUUUUUAUUAACGACAACUGCUGUAAGAUGGAAUUAUUAUUCCUCAUAUUUAUUGAAACCAGCACCACAUUUAGAACGGUGCGACGCGUUCUGUGUAGUUAAUUUAAUCGAUAAUUUGGAAGAAUUCGCUUACUAAGUAAGUUUCGGCUUGAGGACGCACGAGAUGGAUUUUUGAGCUAUAGUUAUAUAACUUUAUGUAUUUAUAAUACAUGCUUUCGAAACUGAAUUGAAUUCUAAUUGUUAAGUAUAAAAUAAAUAUUCAUUAUUAUAGAAACAAUUCUCAGUGUUUAUUUUUUCGUAAAAUGUAAAAUUUGCGUAUGCAAUUUGACUUAUAUUCAGUUAUGGUCACAACCUGUUUUCAAAAAUACGAAAAUAUUUGUUAACUCAUAAUUAAAUAAAGCUUAUUAUAAGA